CUGCCGCUCGGCGGCGGGUUGGCCGUGUCGUGAGGGCGGAAGCGGCGAGCGGCGGUGGAGCGAGUGGAGGAGGUGACUGGGAAAUGGAAAAAACUCUAAUCAGAAUUCAUCCCGUUUCUGAUCCAGAAGCAGUGUAUUUUCUACAAGUAUCAUGGGAAAAAGAUAUAAGCAGUGGCUUUGGUAUAAAGCUUACCGAUGGUGAAUGUGCAUGGACUGGGACAGUGUCUGAAGCUGAAAUUUCUAGGGAGGCUGCUGACAUGGAAAUGGAUAGAGAAAAAUAUGUUGAAGAACUGAAGAAAGCGUUGAUACUUGGAGAAGAAUCAGCUGGCAAAUACAACUUCACUGUUUCAGUGGAUGAAGAAAAUUCACAGUGUCACUUCUCCUAUGAAAGAAAUCUGAGAGAUGGCUCUUUUAGACUUGGAUCUCUGAAGCUGCAAAAAGUGUCAUGUCCAGCUGAUGUGGUUAAAGAGCUGAUUGGCUAUUGUCUGGACUGCUUAGGAGGACUCCAGGUGAAAAACAAGCACCUGCAAAAAGAAAAUGAGAGGCUUUUCUGUGAUUUGAGUGAUGUUGAGAAAAGACUUUGAAAAGUGCUGGAANCUAAAGAAGAGCUAGAGGCAGAUCUUUAUCAUCGGUUUGUUUUGGUGCUGAAUGAAAAGAAGACGAAGAUAAGAAACUUGCAGAAGCUGUUGAAGGAAGCUAAAGAAUUUGCAGUGGAUGCUCAAUGUGCAAGGGACAGUGUAGCUACAACACAGAUGGCAACAGAGAAAGAAAAUGAAUAUGAUGACAGCACUGAGGAGGAAAGUGAAAAUUUAAUACAGCCCUCAUUACCAUCAGCACCAGAACGAAGAGAUUCCCUACUGGGUAGUCCUGAUGUCAUCAGUAAUGCUCCAAGACGAAAGAGAAGACAAAGAACAGUAAAUCCUGUUGGGACAGAAGCUAAGAUAUCAACUUAUGAGACAGAAAUGCUAGAAAAGGAAAAGCCUGAUCUCUCCUCACAGAAGACAUCAGGCAAGCACUCCCCGGAUGUGAUGUCUCUUGAAACGCUGGAAAACACUUGUGAGCCAGAGGACCUCUUUGAUGACAUUUAGCUAUGUGUUGGCUGAGAAACUGACAGACUGGCGCUCCACAUCAUGUUGAGCUAUAAAACUAAAAAGCUUUGCUAUAGACACUCAGCUGAAAUCUUUAUGGUAUAUGAUGACAUAUUGCUCUAAUCCUCUUGCACUGCCCUUGUCCCCAUUCUUCACUACAUGGUUGCAGAUCCCUUAGUUUCCUAAGGCUUUGUUUGUGCCACCCUUGAAAUCAGUUCAGCCUCUGUGCAGACCUUUUAUCACACGUGUAUGGGGAAAGAGAACACACUCACAGUUUUACAUCAUAACAGUCUUUGUCUGCUGAUGGUAUCUGGGAAGAACUGUUUUUCAGAUGUCCCCAGGGAAUCACUCAGACAAGAGGAAGACUUAAGGAUAUCACUGUACUUACCUUAUAUACUGCCCCUUUCUCGGAGAGCUCAGCUUAGACAUGGUCUAGCUAAUUCAUCCCUGACUUUAAAUGAGAUAUAUGUCUUCCAAAAGUGAAAUAUCCAAAGAGGCUACAUUUUUAUUGCUAUUUGAAGAUUCUUUGUAGUAUCGUGCAUUGCAGAGUAGAUUCUUGCAUUUGGGAAUAUUUCUUCAAGACUGAAUCUAUUUUAAGCUUCUGUAGAAACUCGUAGCCUUUAAAAUUCACAUUUUCAUAUUUCGUUAUUUUUCCUAAUGUGAUUUCUAAAACAAUAAAGUGAUUUCUAAAAAGA